GGCAGGUAGUGCUACACUGUAAUGUAAAUUCAUAACAUAGCAGCUUUUCCACUUCUAUCUAAGGAAAUUACAGCUCAGUUUGUCUCCAGUUUUGACUUGAGUAUUUAUUGUUAAAAUGGCGAGCUGUAAUCCAGUUGUGUUGAGGCAUUGUCUCAGUCCUUUCUCUUCCAACUUGCGGGUUAGUUUAGCAAAAGUGCAUAGGAUUUCUCGAGAUCGUCCCGUAAGCACAUUGAGAUCAUUCUGUGGAUCUGCAACUGCCAGCAAAAACCUUGACAUUGUGACUAAAGAUAAGGUUUUCAUUGACACCAAUGGCCUGGCAAACACACUGGAAGAAAGUGGGUUCCCAAGACAGCAAGCUGAAUGUGUGACAUCUAUUUUGCUUGGUGUAUUCAGCAAGAAUGCAGAGCUGACGUCCAAAGAGACAAUUUCAAAAGAACAGCUGGAAAUCAGCAUUCAGAACGUGAUGUCGCACAUCUCGGCAAUCAAGAAGGACAUGGUCAUUCUGGAGAGAAGUGAAUUCUCUGCACUCAGAGCUGAGAAUGAGAGAUUGGAAAACAAAGUCAAGCAGUUGGCAAAACAGCUUCAGGAUGAGAUCACAAAUCUAAGCAACAAAGUGUUAUUGGACAUCAACCUGGAAAAGAGCAGAGUAAAGGAAGAGGCUAAUGCACAAAAGAUGCUCAUAGAAACCAACAAAAACCUCAUAACAACUGAAGUAGCCAACAUCUUCUCCAAGUUAGAGGCAACGAAGAACGACAUAUUCAGAUAUUUUGCAGCCACAAUUCUUGGUUGUUUGACGAUAGGAUUGGGUUUCUACAGAAUCAUUGCAAAAUGACGACAUUCACAUCUACUUCCAAGUUUCCCAAACAAAGUCUGUCUUUGCCCGGUAAAAUUAUCUUACGAUGUUUUACUCAUUAUUAUUUUUUUGUUUUUCUUCUUAUAAAUGAUUGUAUCACAAACUUUAAUUAUGCCGAAAUCGAAACUGAAAUUUGUUUUUAAGAAUCUGAAAUUCAUGUCUUUGGUUUGGCAUGUUGAAACUUUUAAUUUAAGUCAUUACCCCCUCUUUUGUCUGACCAUUGAAUAUAAUCACUGCAGCUGUUGAUAAUGUACGACAAAACAAUCCCCUUCAAAGGGAUUUUGGUGUUAGACAAAAGUAUUCCAAAAUAUUUCAAUCUGAGAAACAAUUCUCAGAUUGUGUGUUGCAAUUAUGGAUUAUUCUUCCUGUGUGGUCUUUAACCACUCCAGAUAUAACGCAAUAUAUAAAAAACACUAAAACCUUCAACACACAAUUUUCACAGGUUAGUUUUGUUGCGUUUAUCUACAGUUAUGUAGGAUUAAAGCUAUAUAGCAUUUCCAAAACCAAGGGUAAACUUUGCUUUUAAAUGAUUGAUUAGCUCAAAAACAAAUGUUAUCACAGUGGCAGGGUUAAACAACUAAGCCUGUUUAAAUAGUCUCAAAUAAAAUCAACCUUGGGUUCUGAACAAAGGAGAGUGAAAUGUUGGAAAGUUUGGGGUAAAGAAUAAGAAAGACUGAUGCAUAUCCUGUGUGAAUUGAAUGGCGGAUCUGGUUUCCAUGGUUUAAGUUAGAAUGAUGUAGCGUUAGAAUUAUCAAUCAAACUCCGCCCACUUUGAAGAGAUGAGUAACAAUGCAUCGGUGUUUACAAUGUCACCCUGUAGGCUCAAGUCAUGUACAUUGCAACUCCACAUAUACAUUCAGAGAGGCAAAAUCAGUUUAUUGGUACAGUCUUUCAUCAUAAUAAUAGUGGCUUCUUAUAUAGCACUCAGCUCCGUCACCAAGUGAUGCUCAUGAUGCUUCAACAUUAUUACAGAAGUAACACAAUCAAACAAAACACCCAGUUGGACUUGGGUGGGUUCAGGUUAUUAUUAUUAUUAUUAUAUGGUAAUGAAACCAAAGAAAGCCUCAGAUUUGAACUUAGUAACUGUAUGUAGCUCGCAAGCCUGGAUGAGGAAACCUGUAAACAAGAGUGCUUGCCAUGUGAACCAGAAACACCAGGGUUAACCCCUACUCUUCCAUGAUAAAUGUUCUGGGUUCUUUUACCUGCACUACCAAUCCUAGUAUACAGGACCUGCGGCUUAAUCUCCAAUCCAGAGGACAAAGCAAUUAUGGUAAAGCACCCUAGCCUCGAAUCAAACAAACACCAGAGCACGAGUCCACUGUUCUUAACAGCUAUUUUUUUAACACGCCUAAAUGUGUUACUAAUAAAGAAGGCCACUACAUACGAUAACUAUACACUGCAGAAGGGGUUUCUUGCCAUGUUUUAAAGUUCAUGGAGAACUUAAAAAGACUCUAAAUACAAGUACUACUAGAUUCAAAGGCUUGGGUUAAGGAAGGCUGUACAAAUUAUGAUCAAAAUAAGCAUGAUAAGCCCACAUUCGGCAAGUUCUUUCAAAGAUUCAUCUUCUCGAUUAUAGUGGAUAAACUUGUUCAAGUUAAGAAAUAUUUUAUACAUUUGUAAUUUAUUUUAUUUAUCAUUCUUUUUUGGAAAGGCAACUUAUUGCAGGCUUGUUUAUUAUAUAUUCUUUGAUUUUUCAUUAAAAAUGAAAGCAAUA